UUUCCCUCGCAAAUUCAUGGCGCUUCCCACCUUAUUUUUAGGGUUUUAAAUUUCUGAAACUGAUUCUCCCUCAUUCUCCCCAUUAUUCGUCGAUUCGAUUCCACAUUCUCGGAUUCAGUUUCAUUUGCAUUUGAAUUGAAGUUUCAUCUUCUGAGGACGCACAAAUUCUUCGUUAGGGUGUUCGAUUUGCGUUACCAUUUCUUGAAAUGGCAGCGUCAAUGGCGCAGUUUAAGCUGACGGAAGGAGCAGUGAUGAUGAUAUGCAAGAGGGAAUCGACUGCAGAGACGUUCCAGCCGGUUGUGCAAGUAAUUGACUUGAAAUUGGUUAACACUGCGCAACAAUCGGGUAGUGAGAGGUACAGAUUGUUGCUUUCUGAUGGAACACAUUACCAGCAAGGAAUGUUGGGGACUCAGCUGAAUGGAUUGGUGAAGUCUGGGAAGUUGCAGAAAGGUUCCAUAGUUCAACUGAAGCAAUAUGUCUGUAAUCCCGUUCAAGAACGCUUGAUUAUAAUUGUCAUUGAGUUGGAUGUGGUAGUGGAAAUGUGCGAAUUUAUUGGCGAACCUGUACCAGCAACGAGAUCAGUAACAGGUGCAUUUAGUGGAAACCCCCAAUCCUCUGUGGCGACUUCACCCAGUAGUGGAAUAGCUGGUAAAAUGAAUGUAUCUAGUGCAUCUUCUGAACUGCCUAAAGUGAAUCAAUCACAUGCAUCGCAUGUGGGAGCUUAUUCAAACACUCCGGAAUCUGGAAGAUACACUGCGUCAAUCGCACCUCCUCUUUACCCUAAUAAGACAGAUCCUGGAACAAGGUUUAACGGGUCAUCUUCUUUAAGUGGGUCAUAUGGUGAUCAGAAAAUGGCAUAUCACAACAAUGGAUCAGAUAAUCCAAGGCCACCUCUAAAUGCUUAUGCUUGUCCUCAGCCAACAUAUCAGCAGCCACCUUCAAUGUACAGCAACAGAGGUCCAGUAGCAAAAAACGAAGCUCCCCCAAGGAUAAUGCCUAUUACUGCUCUGAACCCUUACCAAGGAAGGUGGACAAUAAAGGCUCGAGUUACUUCAAAAGGAGAACUUAGACACUACAAUAAUCCUCGUGGAGAUGGGAAAGUGUUUUCAUUUGAUCUACUUGAUGCACACCGUGGAGAAAUACGAGUUACGUGUUUCAACAUGGUAGCUGACCAGUUUUACAACCAGAUUGAACCCGGUAAAGUUUACUUCAUUUCUAAAGGAAGCUUGAAACCUGCUCAAAAGAACUUUAACCAUCUCAAAAAUGACUUUGAAAUAUUUCUUGAGAGCACAUCAACAAUCCAACCUUGCUUUGAGGAUGACCAAUCAAUCCCCCAACAGCAGUUCCAUUUCCAUCAGAUUAGUGAGAUUGAAGGCAUGGACAACAACAGUGUUGUAGAUUUAAUUGGUGUUGUUACCUCCAUUAAUCCUUCAACUUCUAUAAUGAGAAAAAAUGGUAUCGAGACUCAGAAGAGAACCCUUCAGUUGAAAGAUAUGUCUGGGCGAAGUGUUGAAUUGACCCUUUGGGGAAACUUUUGUCAAGCAGAAGGGCAACGAUUGCAAAAUAUGUGCGACUCAGGGAUGUUCCCAGUCCUGGCUGUGAAAUCUGGUAGGGUGAGUGACUUCAAUGGGAAGGCAGUGGGAACCAUUUCAUCAAGUCAGCUGUCUGUAGAGCCAGAUUUUCCUGAGGCUCGUACGCUGAGAGAGUGGUUUGAGAAGGAAGGGAGGAGUACUCCGUCUGUGUCUAUAUCGAGGGAAGUUUCUAGCAUAGGCAGGACAGAUGUCCGUAAGACCAUAUCUCAAAUAAAAGAUGAGAGGUUAGGAACCUCUGAGAAGCCUGAUUGGAUUACUGUUAGUGCAACCGUUUCAUUUAUUAAGGUAGACAACUUCUGUUACACAGCAUGUCCUAUCAUGAUCGGGGACCGACAAUGCAGCAAAAAGGUUACAAAUAAUGGAGAUGGAAAAUGGAGAUGUGACCGGUGUGAUCAGUCUGUUGACGAAUGUGAUUACAGAUACAUACUCCAGCUGCAAAUACAGGAUCAUACUGGUUUAACUUGGGUAACUGCAUUUCAAGAAGGUGGUGAGGAAAUCAUGGGCGUACCUGCAAAAAGAUUGUAUUAUUUGAAAUACGAAGAGCAAGAUGAUGAGAAAUUUGCAGAAAUCAUCCGUAAGGUUCUUUUUACAAAAUUUAUCAUGAAGCUGAAAAUAAAGGAAGAGACUUUUAGUGAUGAACAGAGAGUAAGGUCAACAGUGGUGAAAGCAGAAAGCAUUAAUUUUUCGACUGAGUCCCGAUUUCUUCUAGACUUAAUGGAAAAGCUCAGGGCAGAGAACGCCAGUUCUGUUACCCCAAAGACAGAAAGCACCAUACAUGAUCUCGGACUUCGUGGUGCCGGGAAUGUUGGUGGUGGACAGUUCGUGUCACCCAGUCGAAACAUUAGCAAUGUUAGCAGCAGAGAAUAUGGUACACCAAACCUAGGUGUUCAGUAUGAGAACCAAUACAGCAGUUCUAGGCCUUCUCCAUCCAUGGUGCAUAAUUCACACACGUACUGCAACAGCUGCGGGGGCUCUGGUCACAGCUCGAUGAACUGCCCGAGUAUAACAAGUGCUCCUACGCAUCCCAUUGGAGGGGGAAUGUAUUCAAAUCGAUCUUCUGGCCCUUCCGGUGGUGGUGUCUCUGGGGAAUGCUUCAAAUGCCAUCAAACUGGGCAUUGGGCCAGGGAUUGCCCUGGUUUGGCCGCUGUCCCUCCAGCUUAUGGUAACAGUGGCUUCACGGCUAGGUAAUGCGUCGUAACGCACAGGCAAGUUUCUAAACUCCCUGAAUGCCUUAGUUCUUUAAAUUAGAAGAGAUGUUGUUGCAGGAGUAGCACCAAAGUGAAAUGCUAUCUGUUUUGGUGUCUGAAUUCCUGAAAUCUUCUUGUACAGUGUUGCUUGGAAACUGUGUUUUGCAUUCUGGACAAUCUGUAAGCAUAGUUUUGAGUCCACUCAUUUCUGUUUGAUGACUGCUUUGCCUUUUAUAUUUUGAUAAGUUAAUGUAUCUUUGUAACACUGUUUUAGUUUCCUUUUGCAUUCUCAGUCUCCCUGUGGUUUAUGUAAUAUGUGUAGUUUAGUCACAAUAUGUUUCUUUGUUUCA